AUGAACCUACGAAGAACCCAAAGUAGCCAAAACACUUUGGAGAAACAACGAAGUUGGAGGCCUUCCCUAACAGAUGUGAAGGCUUACUACAAAACCACAGCGGUCAAGAAAGAACGUUGUUUCCUGGGUUGCUCUCCUCUCGGCGAGUGGGAGGUCCUGGCUGCGCCGGCUUCUGGCUCCCUUCCCUUUCCUCCUGUCCCCGGCUGCCCUCGGGAAGCUGGCUUCUUCCUGCACUGCCCUUCCGUCCUGCCUGUUCGCUCGGGUCUUGCCGCAGUUAGGGUGACCGCCUGGCCUCAGCCCGUGGCCUUGAGCGUGCUGCAGGCCAAGGUGGUCUUGGCCCAGGUGAUUCAGGUUUUCUCAGCCCUGGAGAACGCUGUGUGCAUGGACGAGGCUCGAGACAACACAUGCAACGACAUGGGCAAAAUGCUGCAGUUCGUUCUGCCUGUGGCCAAGCAGAUCCAGCAGGAAGUCAUCAAAGCCUAUGGUUUUAGCUUCGAUGGGGAAGGUAUCCUGAAAUUUGCUUGCUUGGUCAAGUCCUACGAAGCAAAAGACCCUGACGCCAGCCUGUCAGAAAGGUGAAGGCUCUGUUCCUGCCGGCCCAUGACUCUCCCGCCACAUGGGCCGGCAGCUGGGGGCAACGUGGCUGCCUCCUGAGUGCUGGCCCUGGCCCGGACCAUGGCUGGGGCAGGCAGACAUAUACCAAAGGAUAAUAAAUGCCCCGGUGACUUGA